CCCUCUGUCAGCUGACAGCUGGCGCCUGACUCUGAGCAGCUUCGGUGGGGAUGGCGCGGUCGGAGCUCCGGGAAGAAGCGAGAGCGGCGGCCGGCCGGAGGGGGCGGACGCUGGAUCCCCCUCCGCCGCCCAGUCCCGCCCCGUCCGGGCGAUCCCACUUGCCGCCGCCGCUGCUGCUGCUGCUGCUGCUCUCGCCAGCCUUCCUCCGCUCCAGCGCAGCCACCGCCCGGCCUCCGGAGCCGGACCAGCCCUUCCGGAUCCCUGACGGGUGGACCUCUCUGGGCCGCGUGGCCCCCGCCGAGCAGCUGAGCCUGACUUUUGCGCUUCGGCAGCGGAACGUGGAGCGGCUGAGCGAGCUGGUGCGCCAUGUCUCCUCGCCCGACUCGCCCGACUACGGGCACUUCCUCUCCCUGGAAGAAGUGCGCACCUUCGUCUCCCCCUCUCUUCUGACGCUGCGCAGCGUGGACAAGUGGCUGGCGGCUCAUGGGGUUCGGGAUUGCCAGAGAGUCAGCACCCUGGACUUCCUGCAGUGCUCGGUGCCAGCCAGCACUGCUGAGCGGCUGCUCCCAGGAGCUCAGUUCCACCGUUAUGCAAAGGAUGCUCGCAGGGUCAUAAGGUCCCCUCUGCCUUACCUGCUUGAUCAGGAGCUAGCGGACCACGUGGAUUUUGUGGGGGGGUUGCACCGUUUCCCAGCCGAACGGAAGGUGGUGAGCCGGGCCUGGGCUGCAGAGAAGUCACCACCAGGAGGGGAUGGGCGGUCCAGUUUCCAUCUGGGCGUGACACCAGCUGUGCUCCGCCAGCGAUACAACCUGACCCACGUGGAUGCGGGCAACUUCUCGCACAACAGCCAGGCCUGUGCCCAGUUCCUGGAGCAAUAUUUCCACCAGGCCGACUUGGCUGAGUUCAUGCAGCUCUUCGGCAGCACGUUCCCCCACCACUCCCGGGUUGACCAAGUCAUUGGGCCCCAGGGCUCUGGCUCAGCUGGCUUGGAGGCCAGCCUGGACGUGGAGUACCUCAUGAGCACGGGUGCCAACAUUUCCACCUGGGUCUUCAGCAAUGCAGGUCGCCACGAGAGCCAAGAGCCCUUCCUGCAGUGGCUGCUUCUGCUCAGCAACACCAGUGGGCUGCCGUGGGUCCACACAGUCAGCUAUGGGGACGAUGAGGACAGCCUCUCUCAGGCCUAUAUGAAGCGGGUAAACACAGAGUUCAUGAAGGCCGCCGCCCGCGGCAUGAGCAUCCUCUUUGCCUCAGGUGACUCUGGGGCCGGCUGCCGAGCAGUUUCGGAGGGGAAGCAUCUCUUCCGGCCCAGCUUCCCAGCCUCCAGCCCUUAUGUGACAACCGUUGGGGGCACAGCCUUCCAGCAUCCCUUCCUGGUGGGCACUGAGGUGGCAGACUACAUCAGUGGAGGCGGGUUCAGCAAUGUCUUCCCUAUGCCCGACUACCAGGUAACCGCUGUGAAGCGUUUCCUGAGCACGUCGCCUCAUCUGCCCCCCGCCAGCUACUACAACAGCACAGGCAGAGCUUACCCGGAUUUGGCAGCCCUCUCAGACAACUACUGGGUGGUGACCAACCACAUCCCCGUGCCCUGGGUCUCGGGCACCUCUGCCUCCACUCCCGUGGUGGGGGGCAUCAUUGCCCUGAUCAAUGACUGGCGCCUCCAGCGAAGGCUGCCCGCCCUGGGCUUCCUCAACCCUGCCCUGUACCGGCUCCAGGAAAGAGGGAACAGCACUGCCCUCUAUGACGUGAUCCACGGAUGCCAUCUGUCCUGUCUGGAUGCUGCUGUGCAAGGCCAGGGCUUCUGUGCUGCCCCUGCUUGGGACCCCGUCACAGGCUGGGGGACCCCCAACUUCCCUCAGCUGCUGCGUGGCCUCCUGGGCUAGCAUGCCAUGGCAUGGGCCUUGCUGGUGACCAGCUUUGCAAUCAGGAUGGGAAGAGGGUGUUCUACCCCAGCUACGGACCCCAAAGAACGCAGCACACACAAAAUCUAUACAAAGCUUAUUUUACUCAAAGAACUCAAGUCUUUUUCAACCAAAGGCUGUUAAUAAACUGUUUUAACAGCCUACAAGAA